CCCCUUUUUAAUACAAACUUUCUCAAAAACUGAUAAUUUAGUCUUGUGAUACUCAGAGCUCUGUUUUAUUGUCUUGAAGGGCUUCAGUUACUUGAUAUUCUGCCAAAGUUAAGUGAUCAUCUGUAUGUGUGUGGUGCGCAGGGAGCAGGAGGAUGAAGACUUGAUUAUUCAAUGUGAAGCUUUCGAAGAGGCAAUGGCUGAAGAUGAGGAGGAGCUGCUGCGGGUGUAUGGGGGCAUUGACAUGAGUAAUCACCUGGAGGUCUUCACUACACUCUUCAACAAGGUGAGCAGCUCUCCAGCCUCUCUCCAGCUGCUGUCCAUCCUGCAGACAUUGUUGGUGCUGGGGCCGAGCCGCUCUGACAUCUGGCUGGCUCUGGAGGCCGUCACCAACAGAGCCAUACUACUGGCCCAGGACUCUCAGAUGGAGUCCUGUGAGAAGAUCAUGCAGCGGCUGAUGUUCUCCAAAGGCAAGAGCUGUGAAGGUCAUCAUGAAGUGGACGGGCAGCUCGUCAGAGUGGAUAAAGCUGUGCAGACCGUUCUGGACAAAGAGGAGCCAGACAAAAGCCCAGCGUCUUCUCAGAAGCCACUCUGUGCCUCUCCUCCACCUCCACCCCCACCGCCUCCUCUGCCCCCGAGCGUGACUGGGCCCAUGCUCCAACCUUCUCACCAUUGUCCGCCCCCACCACCUCCUCCUCCACCACCGCUACCUGGAGGGCUUAGUGGUCCUCCGCCACCUCCUCCUUUACCGGGCAUGCCGCCUCCACCACCACCACCACCACUGCCCUACGGUCCAGGCAUACCACCACCACCACCACCCCCACAAGCCCUACCAGGGAUGGGCGGCGGACCACCACCACCACCUCCAUUACCUGGCAUGCCACCUCCUCCUCCCCUAGGCAUGAUAAUGGCUCAGAGUAGCCAGUCUCUGGGGUGCGGUGCACCCACAAAGACGAACCGAUUUCCCACCCUGAGGAUGAAAAAACUCAACUGGCAGAAACUCCGCACUGUUACUGAUGGUCACUCCAUGUGGGCCUCGGUUCAGAAAGAGCCGCCUCCUCGGGAGCCGGACUACAGCAGUAUCGAGCAGCUGUUCUGUCUCCCGGUGACCGAACACAAAGACAAGGGGGCAGCUGCUCCUGUCAAGAAGGAGCCUAAAGAGAUUACAUUCAUUGACCCAAAGAAAAACUUGAAUGUGAACAUAUUUCUGAAGCAGUUCAAAUGCACCAAUGAGGAGUUUGUAGCCAUGAUCCAGAACGGGGACCGAACUAGGUUUGAUGUAGAGGUGCUGAAACAGCUUCUCAAGCUUCUACCAGAGAAGCACGAGAUUGAAAAUUUGAAGUCCUUUCAAGGAGAUAAAGAUAAGUUGGCGAAGGUUGACCGCUUCUACAACUCCCUCCUCACUGUGCCAUGUUAUCAGUUGAGGAUUGAGUGCAUGUUGUUGUGCGAGGAGACUUCAUCAGUGCUGGACAUGCUCAAACCUAAAGUCAAGCUGGUGGAGGAAGCCUGCCAGUCUCUCAGAGCAAGCACGCUCAUGCCCAGUUUCUGCAGGCUCAUCCUUGACGUGGGAAAUUUUCUCAACUAUGGAAGUCACACAGGGAACGCAGAGGGGUUCAAGAUCAGCUCUUUGCUCAAGCUCACAGAGACCAAGGCCAACAAGAGCCGCAUUACGCUGCUUCAUCACAUCCUGGAGGAAGCAGAGGCAAACCACCCGGAGCUGUUGGCACUGCCAGACGAUAUAGCGCUCUGUGAAAAAGCGGCAGGAGUUAAUCUGGACUCUGUUCAGUCGGAAGCCAGUGCUUUAAUAAAACGACUGAACGAGACGGCCAAGAAGGUCUCCAACUCUGUGGAAGAAGUUAAGGAGCAAUACUCAAAGGUUCUUGAUGGAAGUCUGGAGGCAUGUCAAGCUUUAAGUGAAAAGUUUGCUGAGAUCAACGAGCAGAGGAGUGAGCUGGCUGUCUACUUAUGUGAGGAUGCUAAUCAGCUGUCACUUGAGGAACUCUUUGGAACCAUGAGGACUUUUCGAGAACUUUUCAUCAAGGCACUGAAGGAAAACAGAACCAGGAAAGAGCAGGCAGCCAAGGCUGAGAAGAGAAAGAGGCAGCUGGCAGAGGAAGAAUCCAAGAGACAGAAGGGAGAGAAUGGAAAAAUAAUCAAGAAAGGCAUUGUGCAGCAGAACGACGGCUGCAUCAUCGACCACCUCCUGGCUGAUAUCAGGAAAGGUUUCAGCCUAAGAAAGACCAGGCCAAGGUGCGAUUCGGAAAGCCCCCCUUCUAGUGAAAUGCGUAGCGAUACCUGCCCACCUGGAUCAAGUGUGAAGCCUGCAGACGAAGAAGCCGCUCCCACCAAGUCUCAGGCAGAGGGUCACCAGGCCAACACAGGCGAAGUGAACGAUUUCAUCAGCCCACCAGAAGGGACUCCAUCAGCACCGCACAGUGGCGUGUCAGACGGACCAGCUGUACCUCUCAACACACUCCCAGGAGAGCCCGCCCUGACAACGCAGCCACACCUGGAAAGACCUGCGUCGCCGCUGAAGGGCCAACGCCCGCAGGAACCUGCAGUACCGUCCCUAGAUAUGACACAAGCUGUGCCUGAAGUUGAAGGGGAACGUCAACCAAGUCAAGCCACAAAUGGCAUUUCAUUAGAUUCAGCUGAGACCAGUGUCCUCAGCCCAUCCUCUCUCUCAGAUUCUGACCUGCUCGUGGCUCUGUUAGAUGGCACUUCCGGCCUGGUACCGGAGAAGCCGAUGGCUGAGCAACCAGCGAAUGUUCAGAUCAAGGAAUUUCCUUUACCUAACACAGAUAUUAAUGUGACACAGAGUAGUGAAAGCAAUACAGAGGGAGAUGGGAGAGGCGAAACUAAUAAUAAAAUAAGCCAUUUAACCGAGACAGUAGGACAAGAGAAGGGUGAAGAGGAGCAGGAAUCCAUUACAGCAAGAACGUACGGCCAAGAUGAGCUUGUGAGUCACAAGCAUUUGGAGCCUAAAAGCAAUGUGACGACUAUCAGUGAGGGUCCAUCUGACGUCCCAGAUGGACUGGAACCAGAAGAUCUGCCCGAACCAAAGAAAAAGCAGACCCUCUUUAAACGAAAUAAAAAGAAGAGUAAUCAAGGUAAUCUAUCCAUUAACUUAAAUAAACAUUAUGUUUGGAAUGCUAGUCUCUUGAUGUGUUUUAAAGGGAAAUCCUUAUUUGUUCUGUUUUUAUUGCAUUUUGCAUUUUAUAUUUUAUGUAUGGGCUAUUUUAGUAUAUGUUCAUGAGUGUUUGGUAUGUAUUAAAGAGUAUGGAUGGCA